CAGUACCGAAACACCUUCCAGCCAAUCUUAAGCACCUAUCACCUUGACGAUGCCAUAGACGUCAUCAAGGACACUCUGCCUGAAAUAAGAAAUCCCAAAUUGGAGGAUACCCAUUCAUUUUUGCGCCAAUUCGCUGAUAUUGCUAAUAUAAAUGGCGUUGGGUCAUUAUACAAGCACUGGUUUAUGUUCCUAAACAAGACGGAGGAAACCAUGAACAUCAUGGUUGAGUAUGCAGAAUGCCAUGCAAAUAUCAUACAAGUAAUGGGCAAUAUCAUCCAGGAUUGCGUCGAUGGAAAAGGAAGCUUUGAUGAAAUCCACCAGAGAGUAACAUCAAAAAUUACGUUUAACGGACAAGACUGCUUAGAAAAAUCAAUGCUUGAGCUGGCCCCGAAAGAAGAAAUCAGAAAAUCCCUGGAAGAGAUGGCAAAGAAACUCACGUUUAAUGCAGACUGCACCCAAAACAGACCAAGCGACRUGCCACACAUUUCGUAUGAAGAUGAUCUUGAUAAUGAUGAUGAAGAAGCCGAUGUCUUAAGUCCAUCGCAAAGAUUCACGGUUUGCGAUCUGAAGAAUAAGUAUAGCAUGACCGAAAAUGCCAUUGCUAAUAAGAUUGAAAUGCCACUUGCUCAAAUACAGAAGCUCAGAUGUCCGAAUUCACAAGAAAGAGAUGUGCGAUUGGACGAUAUUCGCAAACUACAACCAUUGGUUGGGUAUCGAAAACCUUGGUUAAUUAAAUCAUUUUAGACUUAAAUGCAUGUGAACAUAAUGUUUUUCAAUGUAUACACCUUGCCAUUAGAUUAUUUCACGAAUCUAUGUCAUGAAAAGUCAAAGAAACAUAUAAACACUGCGAAACAAUAAAGAACAAUUGGAGAUUGGA